AUGACGUCACGGAGAAAAACAUUUGGGACUCGUCAAGGAUUGCUCUUUUGCUACAGAACAAUCGUCAAACUUUAUUCAUGGCCUGUUGGUUUGUAAUUGAGACAAAUUACAAACCAUAGCUUUUCUAAGCAAUACUGGCAUCGUCGUCCGAUUCAGAAGACGGUGGUGUCUCGCCCCCACCGCUAAAAAAACUGCGAUUUUCACUCACGAAUAUGCAGGCUAAUGGCUGUUCACAACACAACGGGACGACUGAACCUUUUGAGUCUCACUCACUUAGAAAUCCCCCUUCGACAUCGAACGGAGAGGUGACAACAAACGGCAAUAUGGUGGGCCAAAAUAACAGAAAUUUAUCUAGAACAGACCAAGACAUUGUCAGACUAAUUGGCCAACAUUUACGGGGCUUAGGAUUCAAGUGAGCCCAAAAACAAAUUCUUUGUUCUUUUUUUUAUUAGAAAAAAUACAAGUUCUCUAUGAUGCUGUUUCAAGUGUUUUUUUUUUUUUUUGCAAUUUAUUUACAUUUCAGAAUUAUUUUAUGUUAGUCUGUAAGACCUCACUAAAGGAAAUAUUGUUAGUGAUAGUAUAAUCAAGAAAAAGGCCCAAGUCAAGUGUAAUUAAAAUUAAUAAGUAAAUUAAAAGUAAUAAUUAUAAGACUGACAUUAAUCCAAUCUCAAUUAUGAGGUUUUGAGCCCCUUUCUACUACUAGAUUCAUGAUUUAAGAUUUAUAAGUCAAGUUUAAAUCACUAAGUCAACAUUACAUUAUGUUAAGUACCGGUAACUAUACUGGGAUGUUAUUUAAAAAAGGGUUAAAAAUUUAAUUUUAAGUUACAAUAAGUAAACUAACUAAUUUAUCAAUUUCAUUCAGUAUUCCAAGAAUUCUUUGAAACUUCAUUAACCUAAUCAAAAAUUAUCUAUUGCUCAUGUAAGCUUUAAAAGAGGUUGUGUUUCAAUAAAAUGUUUUAAAUAGUUUUCCUAGGCAAUAGGAAACAAAAUGAAAGAAGAUGGCUUUGAAUUUAAUUUUUUUAAUUUUAAACACAAAAUUCUUUCUCAAACUUUAAUGAAUGGCAUGCAAAGAAUUAUUUAUCAAAAGAACAGCAAUCCCUGUAAGAUUUUUUUCCCAUUUGUGCAUUCAGAAGUUUAAUUAAUAUACUAAUUAAUUGCAAAAAACACUAAAAAGUUUAUUAUGUUUAUUAUACCUAAUAAUGCCAUAAUUUACCAACAUAUUGCAUAGUUUACUAUUUGGGGAGUCACAUACACUGACAUCUUGAUUUUUUUUAAAUGGUUUCUGAUAUUAAUAAAUCUUAAGUUUAUAUUUUUUAGCAUUGAAGUAGUAUAAGGCUAAUUUUUUUAACAAAAGAAAAAACCCAGUUACCUUUUAAAAAAAAAAAGUUUUCCUUUAGAUAAUACAUUUUUCCAUUAUAGUCAAACAGCUGAACAAUUGAUAGCAGAGUCUGGAUGUGCACUGGAACACCCAACAGCAGCUAGGUUUAGAGCCCAUGUUAUGGAGGGUGAAUGGGAAAAGGCAAGUAUUCAGCCUAAAACUGAACAUAAUAAAUAGUAUUUUAUGAGUAUCUACUGUAAAUAUUUGAUAGCAACUUGUGCUUUGUUUUGUUAAACAAAUCUUACUGGAAAUAAAAUUAGCAACAUAAAAAGCAAGGAUGUCUAGAAAAAAUUAUUUUAAUCUCCUUCAAAUUAUACCACGUAAGUUGUACUAUUUUCUCAUCUUAGUAGAUUGAGAAAAAUUUAAAUGAUAUUUAACUAGAUUUAGAGUCAUAGUUUUGUUUAAAAAUGUAGAUGCUCAUUACCAAUUAUUACCAUACUAACUAAUAUUUUUACCAAAUAGACAAAUAUAUAUUUCUGAGGAAAUUAGCUAGUCAAUCUGCAGUCCCAUUACUAUACUUCUUUGAAAGUUAUUUCAAGCUCUUUAUUUAAUGUUAAUUAAUAUCAAUUAUUUGAUCAUAAAACAUUUUUUAGCUUUUCCCAAAAAAAAAAAAUCCAGUAAAUCGACUAUUUUUGUCCAUUUUCAGACUGAGGAAGACCUUCGUGAACUUGAAGCACUUGUCAAAGGUGGAAAAGGAGAUGUUAUUGUAAGUUAACAUUAAAAUAAUCUUUGUUGUAUUGUAUUAGAUUUUACAUUAUUUAAUUUUACUCUUAAUCCACAAUUUGGGGGGGGGGGGGUGGGGUGGGUCAAUGGGUUUUUAUAACAAUUUCUUAAGAAAUGAAUGUUUUUUUAAUUCACAGAAAAUGAAAUUCUUGCUUCUAGAGCAGAAAGGAAAAGGAGAUGUUAUUGUAAGUUAACAUUAAAAUAAUCUUUGUUGUAUUGUAUUAGAUUUUACAUUAUUUAAUUUUACUCUUAAUCCACAAUUUGGGGGGGGGGGUGGGUGUGGUGUGUCAAUGGGUUUUCAUAACAAUUUCUUAAGAAAUGAAUGUUUCUUUAAUUCACAGAAAAUGAAAUUCUUGCUUCUAGAGCAGAAAUACUUAGAGCUUCUGGAGGAUGGGAUACCUCUUAAGGCCUUGGAAUGUUUAAGACAUGAACUUACUCCACUCAAAUACAACACAGAGAGAGUACAUGUUCUAAGCACGUAUGUAAUUUCUGUUAUGCCUUCUCAUUGUUCUAGCAUAAUAAUCAUGCAGCCCUCAAUCAGCCUCUGUUCCACCCUCCUAUUUUAACAUUACGCAUAAAAUUAAAGAUAAUUAAAUGAUGAACCAAUAUUUUUUUAAUCAAGCUACUCAAAAUGAAAAAUAUUAUCUUUUUAUCAUCUACACAUUAGCAGUAUCCUAUUCCAAAUGAAAUAUGUAUGGCUACAUGAUAAAAAAAAAUAUUUUAAGUUUCUGACCUGUCAAAAUAAUUGCAGAUGGAGAUAUGAACUAUACUUCAAACAAUAUUUUUAUAGUCAAAAAUCUUAACCAUGACUUAUUUUAAAGGUAUAUGAUGUGUAGCAGUGCUGCUGAAUUGAGAGAAAGUUCCCACUGGGAAGGAAAAGGUGCAGCCAGCAGACAAAAACUUAUAGAGAAUCUUCAAGGUAAUCUUUUUCUUUUCUCACUUAGUUCAGUUAAUGAACAUUUUUUAAAGAAUACAACAUUUAAUGAGCACAUUUUCAAAAUCUGUAUCAAUCACUUCAAUAUCUGGCACCACAUUAAGAAAGAUGCCAUGUGACUUAGAUAACAGUAGUAAUUUGAUUUACUUUUCAUCAUCCCAGAAUUCCUCCCUCCUUCAAUCAUGCUCCCACCUCGGCGAUUGUUUACGUUGCUGAGCCAAGCUGUCGAGCAGCAGAAAGAAAAAUGCCCUUACCACAACACACAACUCGAUUCUGAUCUCUCAUCAAUAUCUCUGCUCAUGGAUCAUAUAUGUACCAAGUAAGUACAGCAUCAGAUCUGUUUACUCUUACUGUUUUGGCAUACAAUUAUGAUUUUUCGCAGAGACCUGUCAGAAGUACCAUUUUAAGAGACCGACUUGAAAAUAUAAACAUUCCGGUAGUUUUUUCGAUUUAAAAAAGAAAGUAAAUUUUCAAGUCGUUUGUUUUAGCACCUUUCUGCAUCCAGUGGGGAAUGGAACGAUUUUUACGAUUGGUUGGGGACCAUCUAUAAUUAUAUUACGUUCCCCCUGAGAGGGGAAGCCGGUAGGGAAAGGGGAUGAUGUUCUUUUAGAAUUUAUGUAUUAUGUGUCGGUGGGGGGGAAGUCAAAAUAUUGAAGCUUAUAAAAAAAAACCGCCACACUAUUAUGAUGAUGAUGAUGGUCAUAUUGUUGCUUUGUGUUUUCAAAAUGAACUCGCUAGACACGGCAACAAUAAUAUUAGCGUAGUCAUCCUAGUGACAAUUUUAGAUAAUCCUCGCUUUUGUUUUCUUCAUUAUUUAUACUGUGUUUAUUUACAAUUAAGAUACUGUAAUGUAUGAUUUUAAGACAAUGUACGAGUUUAGGAGUUCAAUGCUAACCAGGUCUUUAGCAUGGAGUUACUACUCAGUAUCCUCUUAUUAGGUUUUGAAAUAAUGAGGGUUGUGAUCGGGAGAGGGGUGGAUGGUUGGUGUGCCGAAAGAGUCUUUGAGUUUGUGGAUCUUUUUAUAUUUUGUUUUCCAUACAAGUUUUUAACUAGCUGAAUUUAAAAAUAAAAAUUUCUUUUUAUAAUGCUCUUAAUGAUUUCAUUAAAUAUUUAAAUUGGGUUAGUUAAAAUAAUAGAUGUGUGCAAAGACUUUUCAUUUCACUGAUAACAAGGAUAGUUCCAGCAAAGGAUAAAUGUCUUCAUCAGGCUUCCAAGGACUCAUUUUUAAGCAAAAACAAAAAAUGCGACAUAAGUCUAUUUUACUUAUCAACAUUAUCCUUACCAGUACGGUAAAAGUCUUGAAUUUGAUUUUAAUGAAAUAUUUAAAUCCAAAAUAUAGACUAUGUCCUGACCUGGACUUUAUUUUAUCAGAGAGCAGUUUCCAAAUGUGACAACCCAAGUUCUAGACCACCAGGAUGAGGUGUGGCACUGCCAGUUUUCUCCAGACGGCUCUCGGCUCGCCACAGGUUCAAAAGACAACAAACUAAUCAUAUGGGAGGUUGACACAGUAAGAUAAUUUGUUUUUUCCUAACCACAUUAUUUCAUGAAGUGAAGGGGUUGUUUAUUAUUAGUCAGACUUAAUAUCUUCUAUACACAUCUAACUUCAUUCUAAUCAAAUUAAUUAAUAAUUGUUUUGGUAAUUUAGUUUUUACUUUUUCUUGAUGGCGGUAUAUGUAGGUCUUUAUAAAUGGAUUUUCUCUUUCAUAAACUUGUUUUUGCAAUACCAUUAUUGUCCCUUAUUCUGCCCAUUGUAAAAUUAUAAAAAGAGAGAAAUAUAAGCCUACCAAUAUUCUAAAAUAAUAUUUCAGUUGCAUUUUGAAGUAAAAAACCCACGAACCCUAGAUGAACAUAAAUUUGGUGUUGGCUUUGUGACAUGGUGUCCAGACAAUAUUCACAUUCUUGUGUGUGGACCUGAUGAAACAAAUGAAGUGUUUAUUUACAAUGCUGUGGUAGGUUUCUAGAUGUUUUUAUGAUUUGUGAUUAAUCACAGGCUUAUUUUAAUAUUUACACUACCAUGCGACUCACAAUAAUAUCUUUACUUAAGUAUAAGUGCUGUGAAUUAAAUUUAGUUGUGUAUUAAUGAAAUGAAAAUGUAUUUCUUAAUGGUCAUAAUUUAAAAUCAUAAUUUUAUUUAUUUUUCUAUCAUUUUAUUGUUAAUGAACUUACUGAAUGCCAAAUGGAAACCGACUAAAAUUGUGGCCUUCAUUUCCUUUUAACGCAAUAAAUUUUCUCAUGGAAGUGAAUAAAUAUUUAAAAAGGCCUAGUUUAUAUUGUAAUUAUUGUAGGAAUAGAUAGGUAGAUGGUCCUUUUCAAAAGUGCAAUGAAAAAGAUUGGCAUGUAUUAUAACAUUAGAAUUUCCCAUAAACUUGUUCUUGAUGCUUAAAGAUUGUACAACAUGUCCAUUUUUCACAGAAAUCAUUUUGUCCACACUGAGAUGAACAUUAUACCAGUGAUGUUACUGUGUCUCGCACAAAAUCACACAUUUAAAACAUGCAUCACCUUAUUAGCAGUCUUUUCUGCUUUAAAUGAGAUUUUGUGAGUCUUUGAUUUUGGGGAAGGAUCUGAAGAUUAAAAAAACUCUUGUGCGUAAUUUUAUUUCUGGAUCAACUAAUUAAAUCAAAGGCAUAUUCUUGUACAGGAGCAGUUAUUCAACUACACAAUUUGGGCUCUCCAUGGGAACUAAGUUUUGUUUUUCUGGCAGUCACCUCACUUGUAUCACAUUGUCAGCAGUUUACUUCAUUUUGAAACAAUUACUCUGUUCCAUAGACUGGGGAUGUUCGGCAACGAAUCCAUCAGAACACAGAUGACAGCUUAACAUAUGCAGCAUGGAUGCCAGAUGGCCGCAAGCUGGUGGUUGGUGGUGUCAGGGGACAGUUCUAUUAUUGUGUAAUUCAGUUCUUCUCAUUGCUUAUCUUUAAACAUGCUUUUGUCAGUAUGCUUCUUGUAUCAUUUCAGUGUCAGUAUGCUUGAUAAAACUUUGUGUUUUAGUGGUAUGGAACUUGAACUUGAUAAGAUAUUGUGAUACCAUUUUUGUAAACUGAAUAAUUAAAUAUUUUAAACAUCUUUUUGGGCCUUUGUUUUGUUACAGGACAUUGAUGGUAAUGUGAUUGACACUUGGGAAGGGAUCAGGAUACAGGGCCUCGCAGCUCUUGAUGAUAAGGUGGCCCUAGCUGCUGACACACAUAAUCGGAUCAGGGGAUACAAUUUUGACACAUUGCAAGACUUUCCAAUGUACAUUGUCUGCCCAUUCUGUUAGAACUAGAGAAUUAUAUGUAUUGAUCUUUAUUUUAUACUGUAGCACAAUAAUUGUAGAUAAUUUAUAAAGGCCUGUGCAUUUAUUAUGGUAUAAAGAAAUAGUUAACUGACAUAAUUAUUUGUUCUUUUCAGAUAACACGCUGGUAUUUAAUGUUUAUUAUUUUUUAAAAUUAAAAUAAUCUUUUUUCAUUUGAAACAUUAAAUUUUAAAGCAAUUAAUGACCGUUUAAUAUACAUUUAUACAUUUUUCACAGUCCUCUGUUUCAUAUUUAUAAGAUUACUUUGAACAAACUAGUUUUUUUUUUUUUUUUUGUAGCAUUCAAGAAGACCACCCUAUAAUGACAUUUGUAAUAGAUGACAAAAAAGAAUUAAUCUUAGUCAAUGUUGCUUCUCAGGUAAAGUCCUUAUUCUAUUACACUAUAGUUUUCAACGUGCUUGUUGAGUGUUUAUUUAUUCAAUUUUUUAAUUAUUUGCCAUAAUCAAAUUAAAGGGCAAUAUAAUUUUUUUAGUGUUUAAAUCAUUUUUUUGUGUGAAAUUGUAUAUUUAUUUAACUUUCAGAUUUAAAAAACAUUUAAAAAGCUUUCACUUUUUCCCUUGUGAUUAAAAAUUUGAAAUGGUUCCCUUUUUAUUAACCUUUAUGUUUUAUUAAAUAGUAAGAUCAGUUUAACCCCAAAAAUUUCAAUUUGAUGAGGUAGUUGACUUCGUGUUUUGAAAAUUAACUUAAAAUUUUGUUGAAGUCUGUUUUGAAACUUAAAAUGGGAGAUUGAAUAAUGUGCUUGUGCAUUUAUCAAUUAUUUAUAGACUAGUUUUUGUGUGUGUCUUGGUAACACACCCACAUUUGAUUAUGAAAAAAUAAUAUAAUUCCUGCCGAAUGUUCAAUUCCUUUACUUGUCUAGGGAUGUCACUUGUGGGACCUGAAAGACAAAGUUCUUCUACGCAAGUUCCACGGACAAACUCAGGCAUUUUUUACCAUAUACUCGUGUUUUGGUGGCCUCAAUCAAGACUAUGUGGCCAGUGGAAGUGAAGGUGUGCUGUCAUUCUUAACUCGCUUAAUUUUUUUGUCAGAAACUAGAAAAUAAUUUUCAUUAUAGCUCAUUACUUUAGAACCUACUUUCAAAAAGGUAAUUUGAUAUAUCCGUAACAGUUUUUUUAAAACUAGUCUACUGUCAGAAGUUAUAUGAUUCAGUCCUUGGGUAUCUCAGUUUGAAAUUACUGCUUUUUGUUUUUGCAUUGUUCGAGCAAAAAUAGUGUUGACUGACAUAAAACUAAAUAAGUCUUUGUUUAAUAUCAUGUCAUGGGAACAACCAUGACCUGCCACACAAAUAAAUGAAAGUUUUGGAUUUAGAACGUCUAUAAUGUCAUUUGUUACUGUGUCCCCUAUUUCAAAUAAAUCUUGACCCCCACCCCACUUAAAAGAAAAAAUAAUUGAAAAUUUGACAAUCUUUGGUUUCCCCUUAUUUCUUAAAAUAAAAGAAGCAUUCACAGCUUAAACUUAUGCCCCCCCCCUCUCUCUCUCUCUCUAUCUCUCUUUAAACAAAAAAAACUUUUUUUUCAAUAUAUAAAUUUUUUUUUACCAAAUACUGUACUUCUUAAGAAAUAAACAUGCUAAAAAACUUUCAAGACAUCAAGUGCCUACUUCCCAGAAUGCUUUGUAGCAUGCAGUAAAACUUUUAAAUCUGAUAGACACCUGUGUAAUGAACUCAUAGCAGUUUAUCUUGGAGAUCCUUUUCCUCUUUCAGCCCUUUGAGCUGGCGAAUUUAUUUGGCUCUUGAUUAAGGUUCAAACAACUUACGCAUUUUAUAAUGUUGGUGUUUGCAUAGGCAUGUACUUAAAUAUCCUGUUCUACCUAUUUUUACCACAGACCACAAAGUUUUUAUCUGGCACAAACGGAGAGAGACCCCAGUAGCUGUUCUUGAAGGCCACAGAAUGACUGUGAAUUGUGUCCACUGGAACCCUACGGAGCCAAGCAUGUUGGCCAGUGCGUCUGACGAUGCAACUGUCAGAAUCUGGGGACCCAAAGAUAAAUUAGAGAAGAGGAGAAAAGGUAGAGUAACUUUGUGUGCCAAAUUCAAUAAAGGUACAGUGACUUUGUGUGCCAGAUUCAAUAAAGGUACAGUGACUUUGUGUGCCAAAUUCAAUAAAGGUACAGUAAUAUUGUGUGCCAGAUUCAAUAAAGGUACAGUAAUAUUGUAGGGUGAUAACAGUAGGGUGCUGGGUGGCCGAGUGGUCUAAACUGAGCAAAUCUCAAGUUGGUGGUCUGGAGUU